UGCUUCUGCUGGUUCCUUUUUCUAUGUCAACACUACGUGGAGCUUUUGGCGGCUGCUAGCGGGGCCAGCGGGUGUGGAGGUGAUUUCCCCCUGUCGCUUCGAUGGGGCGUCUCAUUUAUCUCUGCCCGUGCUAUCGAUUGCACUAGUCCUCACCGAACGCCCCUUACAACAGCCACUGUCACCUGCACUGCUGUGAGAUGUCAUCUUCAUCGUCCUCUUCGAUGGCUUCCCCGCGAAGGCUUCUCCUGCUGUCAAAUUCCACCAUGUAUAACGGCGAAUUCCUCGAGUUCGCCGCCGAGACCAUCAAGGAUUUCUUCAAGAAGUCGGCAACCAAGCGAAUUCUGUUCGUGCCUUACGCCCGCAAGGAUUACGCCGACUACGCGGCCAAGGUGAGGGCUCGACUCGGCGAGAUGGGCUUCGAGGUGGACAGCAUUCACGAAGCCGCCGAUCCGGUGAGUGCUGUGAAGAUGGCCCAGGGCAUAUUUAUCGGCGGUGGAAACACAUUUAGACUGCUUAAGACACUUUACGAAUCCAACACCGCCGAGGCGAUCCGCAUCAGGUGCCUGGAGGACGGGAUGCCAUACAUGGGCGCUAGUGCAGGAACGAAUGUUGCUACGGCCAACAUAUGCACCACGAAUGAUAUGCCGAUCUUUUACCCGCCGACGUUCGUUGCGCUCCGCCUCGUGCCGUUCAACAUCAAUCCGCACUACACUGAAACCGACCCCGACAGCAAGCACAUGGGUGAGACAAGGGAUCAAAGGAUCGACGAGUACCUGGAAGUGGGCAACCACUUGCCUGUGUUGGGAUUGAAAGAGGGUGCAAUACUGAAGGUCGAAGGCAACCGUGCUGUACUCCUGUGCAAUGAGGCAAAGUUAUUCAAGGAGAAUGAGGAUCCUGUGUACUACAAGCCUGGUGCAGACAUGAGCUUCUUGCUAACCGACACUAAGGUUUAGUGGUGAAUCUUGUGGUUGCCUACACUGCAUUUUUUUUUUUGCCAUCUACUUUUCUGCUUGACUGCGUGGGCGUCGCGGCAUGAUGUUUUAGACAGUGACGAAGCCGAAAUUAAGCCACAGUUGCUUAUGUAUUUGUGUGGUGCCUUAUCUCCAGGACUGAACUCUGAAACACAUUUAUAUGAACUCUACCUGAAGGAGUGUAGUCUUGAUUGCUCAAAUGCGGUGCAUGGUGAAGACAAGUCAUAUACAGCAUGUUCUAAAUCGACCGUGUGUGAAACAGACACUCCAGUGGUGCAAUCAGUACAUAAAUAGCCUGUAAUGCCUGUAA